AUGGGCUCAAUCGGCACCCCAGCCCCAGCACCCCGAGGCUUCGUCCUCCACAAGAAACAAAUCGACGCCAUGCCCCUCGAGAACUUCUCCAACAACUCCAAGCGCGCCACCGGCGGCUGGAAACAGAUCUUCUCCUCUCCCGACACUCCUACCGAUGGCCUCAACCUAGGAAUCGCCCACUUCCCCCCAAAAACCGCCACGCAAGAGUCUUUCGAAGCUCUGCAUCGCCAUAAGCAGGCUGAGUUUUACUACAUUUUGUCAGGCCAGGCACUUGUCAAGAUCGAUGGGGUUGAUCAUGAGGUCGGACCGGGGGCUGCGCUGUUCAUUCCGGGUGAUAGCGAGCAUGGGUUCUGGAAUACUAGUGAGAGUGAGGAGCUUGUCUUCAUCUGGGGCUUCCCAUGCGAUGGGUUCAGGGAUGUGGUGUAUAGAUUCACGGGCGAUAAGGCGGAGGAUGCGUGGAGUCGAAAGGAGAAUGCUGCGUGA